UUUUUAAGUGGGACCACAUUGAUAUUACAUUGUGUAAAAAUUAUGUACCAUUUAAGUGUUCCAAUCAUUACUCUGAAUAUAUUUAUAAAGUUGAGUGGCCGAGCUACUAUCAAAUUUAUUGUCAAAACAAAAAAAACAAAAAUGAAAGCAGUAGACGAAUUCUCAGCUCUAGAACUCAUUCGCCAACAUCUCCUGGGUGACUUUACCUCUACUGAUUCCUUCAUCGACAGUUUGAAUACUGUUUGUGACGAUUACACUUCUAAAUCUACAACGACCACUACCUCCUCGUAUCAAUUCCAACCCGUUAAACAAGAGUAUUCCCAAUCCGAAUCCGAGUCCAAUUCCCCCAUUUCCCACGACCCAGAUCAAUUCCUCGACUUAAUUUUGGAACCCAAAUCCGAAGCUGACCCUCCUGUCGAGGUAGCAUCGCUGGAUUCGACGAACAAGACUACAGCAUCGACGGAGGACUCCGGCGAGAUAAAGCACUACAGGGGAGUUCGACGACGGCCGUGGGGGAAGUUCGCCGCGGAGAUUCGCGACCCGAACCGUAAGGGGGGUCGGGUUUGGCUGGGGACGUUCGACACCGACGUGGACGCUGCCAAGGCUUAUGACUGUGCUGCAUUCAAGAUGAGGGGUCGUAAGGCCAUUCUGAAUUUUCCGCUGGAAGCCGGGCUAUCCGACCCGCCCAAGAAUACGGGUCGAACCCGGAAGAGGAGGAGGUUGAGCUUGGAGCUAGAUGAGGCUCCUGAACCCGAAAGCUUCGAGUCCGGCGGUGAACAGAGUUGGGCUUGGACGUCGCUGAAUUCGGAGUCAGUUUGAUGUAAGGAACUGUCACGCGCGGCCGCUAACUCGGGGAGCGGUAUGAUGACGUGGGGAUAAAUGAUUGGAAAAAGGUGGUAUUUGUAUAUAACGUGGAGAAUAAGAUCCACGUAAGCCGGUUUUUACAUUAUUAAACGACGACGGAUGUCGGAGACGAGAGAGUGGCUAUCGUGAAAACGACGUCGUUUUACUCUUUGGCCCCAACAGGAAAAAAAAUGACGGGUGGGAACUAGGGUGAAGCUCUGACAGACAGCUUGAGCUUGGUCGGCAACCGCCACAGACUUUUUAAGAAGUCGCACCACCGCCACUCCCAAAUACUUUGGGGUUGUUUUCAAACCUGAGCUGAAGAGAAAGUCUCAAAUUUCAUAUAUAUAUUCGUGUUGACGUUAAAUGUUGUAAUAUAAAUGUAUUAUAGAUAGACAUGAACGGUAUGUUUAGUCCAAAAAUAGUAGAACUGAGCUCAAAUUAGUAACUACACUAUUUUGGGUUUGGAGAAUUGGUUCUCUCAUAUUACUAUACUAUCUCUCAUCAUCACUCCCUACAUUGCAAACCAAUCCACCAUUUUGUCUGUGAAUAUUGCUAUGAGGAGGAAUACACUCGAGUGUUGUUUA